AAACCCCUACAGCUACACCCCAGUGCAGUGACGUAGAUUUCUGGGCGUGGAAAGGAUCGCUGCUACAUCAACAACAGAAAAGAAAGAGAAGGAAACAGACAACAAGAGAAGGUCGGACAGAAAGAUGUCAUAUUGACACUAUCAGUUUUCAAGACCUGAGACUGUGGAUCUGAUCACAAAAUAAAAACAUGGAGGCCUUCAGACUCAUGAAAGAACUAAAGGCGAAUUUCGAUCAGGAGAUAAACUACCUCCCAAAAGAAGCUGGCCUGGCUCUGAUCGAGUCUACACAAGAGAAUGGAAGAGGAAUUUCAUCGAAAUGCCGCAAUGCCAAAGUGGAGGACCUCUGGAGCUUGACUAGUUUCUUCGGUUACAGCACACAGACCUUCGUCCUGGCAGUUAAUCUGCUGGACAGAUUCUUGGCCAUGAUGAAGGUCCAGCCUAAACACUUAGCCUGCAUCAGCAUCGGCUGUCUUCAUAUCGCUGCCAAAGUGGUCGAACAGGAGUGCAAUAUUUCUUCCACCCAUGAACUUAUCCGAAUCAGCCAGAGCAAGUUUACAGUCUCCGACCUCAGCCGUAUGGAGAAGAUCAUCUCAGAGAAGCUCAACUUUGAGUUCAAAGCCAUCACAGCCUUAACUUUUUUGCACUUGUACCAUGCCAUCGUACGUUCACAUACCUCAGACAGGAAACAAGUCCUGAAUCAAGAAAAGCUGGAAGCACAGCUCAAAGCCUGCCUCUGCCGCAUUGUAUUUUCCAGAGCUAAACCGUCCGUGUUGGCACUCUCCCUCCUCACCCUGGAGAUCGAGGCCUUGCAGUUUGUUGAUAUGCUAGAGAUUUCUCAGCGCAUCCAGAGACACUUAAAGAUCUCGGAUUCAGAGUUGCAGCAGUGGAGAGUUCUCGUUGCCCAGUGCCUGUCCGAGUACUCCUCGCCCGAGUGCAGCAAGCCCGACCACAAGAAGCUGGUGUGGAUCGUGUCGAGGCGGACCGCACAGAACCUGCACAGCAGUUACUACAGCGUCCCUGAGCUGCCCACGAUCCCGGAGGCGUGCUGGGAUGAGGAGAGUGAGAGUGAGGACUGGUACGAGGACGUGAGCUCCGGGGAGGAGAGCCUGAGCAGCUCGCUGGGGAGUGACGCGGAGGGGCCUUACUUCCCCAUGCACUACCGCUGCCAAAGACGAAAAAGCCCUUCCUUCUAAUCGCCCUCCCUCACACAACAGUGCCUGCCUGCCUUCCCUCCACACAGGAGAAGAAAAACAAGAAAGAAGAGAGAAAAAAAAGAAAAUCACAUAUGAUUUCACUUCUGUCUUCCCCGCCCCACCUUCUGAAGGCGUUGAUAUCCGAGAGCCAAACACACUCGGAUUUGAUGGUUCUCAUUUUUUUUUUUAAAUAUGUAAGCUGAAACUGAAUAUGUGGAGGGGCUCUGAACUACACAAGUCUGGCAGCUAACCUAACUCCGUAACGGAUGUUAAAAAGACAAAAAAGAAAAGAAAGAAAACCCUUUCGUGACAUGUAGCUAACGUAGUUUUGUUCCAAAAAAAAAAAAAAAAAGUAUUUGGUGCAUGUUAAAAUUUGGUCACAUUCCAGGCGAUUUCAAACUAUUUACUCCACACAUCCCAGAAGGUACAAUAAGACUGUUCUAGAACAAGGAUUGCUCAGAGAUUCUGGGUGGUUUCCUGGCUCUGGGUGUACUUUGCACAGUUACCCAAAACGAUUGUUAUCUGCGAGCUAACCAGGGGGAGGUUUUUAGAGGCCUGGAGAAACUGAACGUUUCCCCCAAGGUUACAUCAGUGCAGACAUUUCUACAUGUGUGCAUGGUGUUCGGGACAAUUUGGUUUCUGUACAAUGUGUGGUUGUUUGUGCGUGUGUAUGUGGAUGAGUCUGUGUGUGUGUUUUUGUUAAACAUUAUUGCCAACUUAGGUUAGGUCUUAAAUUUGUAUGUUUUUUUUGGUCUCCACUCUGAAACUGUAUGUGAAAAAUAAUGUAUGCUGACUAUUGUCACACAAAAAAACUUUAAAACUGUAAAAUGUACAAAAAGCUGUAAAUUUGUAUAAUGUUUAAAAAUGUAUAGUAUGUUGUAGAUAUUAACUUAUUUAUUAUUCUUUUGUCAGUUUAUUGAAAUUCAUAUAAAAAACUAUUUUGAAAAAUCUUGCUUCACUGUG